UUUCAUGUCGUCCUCUCAUUUCCCGAUCUAACCACCUACUUUCUUGCUAUAUUUUUGUCUUCCUCUCCCCCUCUUUCCUGUUCUACAGUACUGUCAGUCAGCACUUCCUCUCCAGUUCUUAAUACCUUUCGAAUACCCUGCUUGAAGAUGAGGAGACUGGUCCUUAUAGUCCUCUACAUUCUAGGAGGAGCAGGUUCAGUACAACAAUCCUCAUCGCUUAUGGAGCUAAACUUCACACAGCUAAGAUCUCCUGACCUCUACCUGGUCUCCUGCACCCCUCAGAUCCCGGAGGAACAGGUAUUCCAGGUGCACUGGAAGGAGGAGCACACCAAUGGCUCAUACAGCAUGAUUGCGGUGCUAAGUCCUCACUGGGGAAAUUACACAAAAUUUUAUUAUCAGGAAAGGGUAAAGCUACAUAAAAAGUAUGGCCAAACCUACACGAUGGAGCUAAUGGCCCUGAAGAUGAGCGUCUGCUGUGAAGCUAUCACCUUCCCAUCUGGGACUAUUUAUGAGAACUGCAUUACCAUCGAGGAAGACUCAGAUGCCAUUACCUAUAACUUCCAAUAUGCACUUUUGGGGACAUUACUGGUGGGUGGAUUCUUCUUCCUUGCCUCCGUAGUCCUCAUAUGUCACAUCUGCUGGAUGAGGAAGACUUCACGUAGGUCCCUCAAUUUAAGAGGUGCAAGGCAGCAAUUGUUGACCAGAAGCCGGAGAUCCGAAAUACCCUACAGAAGAACUUCACCCUCCGUGAACCUUGCCUAUGAGGCUCCUCAUAAUACUGAUCUACACCGUAACGACCCACUGCCCAGACGUGCGCAUCUCCAGAAUACUCCUCCAAUAAUCCAGCUAGAUGCUUCUGAGGAUCUAUCACCACGAAACCCAACCAUGAACAGUCACUGGUCUUCUGAGGAGCCUUGCCCUACACCUUCUAAUGUCAUACCGGCACCGCACCAUAUCUAUACCAACGUUCUCCAUCGCAACAAUCAAUACCCAAAGGCCCGGAACGUAAGAAGUUUGCAGAUAGAACCAACCAUAAACCAACAUCAACGUGAGAUGUUUUCAUAUGAAGAUACCGAUCCUUCAUCUUCUGCACCACAUGUAAACUCGCACCCUUGGUUAUUCGAGGGUACAUCCUAUUCCUCUGAAGACAUCACAUCUCCACAUUCUUUUAGACUCAAUCCUCCGAGGACACCAGAAUCUCCCUUUAUGACCAUCAAUCCCAUGUAUCAUACUGGUUCAGGCUGGGCUGCCCAUCCCAAAAUUUCUCAUCUGAACUAUGAACAUUCUAUGAUCUCAUAAACACUUUUAUAUCACUUUUUAUAGUUUUUUUGUACAUAUCUAUAAUAUUAGCUUCAAAGGACCAUCUGGUACCCAAAGGUCUGAACCUAUAGGGGACCACAAGGGGGACAGUUUUGUCUUUAUAGACCCAAGUGUCCCAUGUAAAUAAGGACUUUCUGGAUCUAAUUACCAACUUUGUCCAAGAAGGGGGAUUCGGAUCUGCAGAUCAAGUACUGAUAAGAUUUCCCACCUCCUGCAAAGACUGUUGUGUUGGUCCUGACCAGACUGGGACCACCAAUGGUAAUGUAGAUCCAGUAGAGUAGUAUUAAUGCACACAGCGUUAGCAUUUCUGGCUUUAUUCCCAGGAAGAUUGCUAUUCACCCUAGUGAUGGACCAUUAAUAAUAGGGACCAUUUGGUACUAAAGGUCUGAACAUAUAUGGGACCUAAAGGGGGGCCAAGAUGGACCAUAAAUUGCUUAUCAAGGGACCUUUUUUCUUCUUUAAGGUACAAACACCAUGUACUGCACUUAUGAAGGUGCGUUUUAUAAAGCUACUAGACCCUGGUAUUCUCAUUAUAUAAAUAAAA